GUUGUCGUUUUAAAAGUCAAUCUCUCUCUACCCCUAAAGUCCGCGUUUCCUUAACCUUGUUCCUAAUUUCAAAAUUUUCAACGACAAAACCCUAAGAGCUCACAUCUCAAACUCUAUCCCUAAGUAAUCAUCCGCUCAAACAUCUAUACUGCAACCUACCAGACCUUCAAAUGUGCUUAUUCAGUCUCUUCUCAAAAGACAAAGACGAAAAGGACGAUCUACCGCCUCCACGGCCAACAAGCCUUGGGCGCAGAACACCAGAGGCUACAUCAAGACUCCAAGGGAGCAAAUUCGACGGUAGUCCAAGACCAUCAGGUGACAAAGACAAGUACGGUUACGGAGUCGGCUACAGCUCUGGCAAUGGAUCGUUAGGCGUUGGUGGACCGCAUGGCGGCGGUGGCCUGUAUGGUGGUGUCAAUGGUGGUGUUUAUUCUGGCGUCAGUGGAGGGCCAAACGGGGGUGUUAAUGGAGGAGUUUAUGGUGGUGUUUCAGGGACAACACAUGGUGGCGGAUUGGCGCCGGCUGGAGGGUAUGGGAGUUCACCAGGAGGAGGGCAUGGAUACCUGUGAUUGAAGGGAAGUAAUUGGCGGCGGAUCAAUAUUGCAUUUUUUUAUUUUUAAGCGCUGAAAUAUCCUAAGAUACCUCGAACAAAGAAGAGACUUUGUCGCCUUUGAUCGGGAGACUCAAGAACAAACCAGCAUCGCAAGCGGUUUAUGGAACACUGAGUUGCAUGUUGUGCUAGGGCCGGUAGCCGCCUAUUACUCUGCUAUUCUUUGUCUCCAAUUAACACGAGCUUUCCCAUCACGCUUGUCAUCUUCUCAAAGCGAAAACGAGGUAUCUGCCUAUACGGCUGUCGGCUGUUUGAUGAAUGAACUUCGUUAAAAGACUUGAACACGCGCUUUGUUGUAUGGGAUAGACACGUGAAAGUAGAAAAAAAGGUUAAUUUGAGUAACCAAUGCACCUCAGUGAUGGUAGCAGAACAACUUAAGCGAUG